GCGGAGCUAUUUAUAAAUGGAAGUCUGUCGCAUUCAGUGCUUAAUAUUUUCGCUUCUCAUAAGGUUUUCAGUCACGGAUGAUCAAACAGUGCCUGUUAUAAUGUGGUCCACAGCAGAAGCCUUGUGGAAAACGGCGAACAACGCACACAGGGAGCACAAUAAAUCACAUAAUGAGGUAUCGGAACUAUCGUGGUAUCUCAAUCCCGUAUUCAACAGAGGUCCGAAGAAAGUGAUACUGUUCUGGCAGGACACGCUGAACAUCCAUGAUAUUAUGAAUUCUAAUGGCAGUUUGGCCCACACAUUUUCUAACAUUCAGAAUGCCCUGGAUUCUGCUCCAUCCUGGAUUGUCUUACCAACUAUAAGCCAUCAUUGGACAUAUCAGCUGCCUAAAUAUAUGCAUGAGAAGCUCGGAGGAUGCUCAGUAUAUGUGAAUCACUUACCUUUUUGGAAUCCAGAAAUGAAUGGCACUAAAUCAUUAUUAUUAAUAGUGAAAUUACCAUUAGCACACAGAUCUGUAGUGACAGCAGAUACCAAAGUCCUAGCUGAUGAUGAUGCCAUUAAGCUGGUCAUCAGUGCUUUAAAAGCAAACGAGGUCCCUUAUACAGCCAUUUUCACAGCCAGCAGGAGUUCUAAGGUGGUCAGACAUUCUUUCAGUGAUGUCAUGAGCACUGGUAGGAAGCUUCUGCAAAUCCCAAGCUGGAAACCAGUACUCUCCCAUAAAUGUUACAGAUGGCGAAAAAACCCUGCAUUCUCUUCAUUGCCAAAAAGAUAACAAUUAAAUUUGGAGAUCAGCCAGAGAUAGAUUUGACUAACAAAACAUUUGGGAGCACUGCUAAAGUUAAUUACCAGGGAUUCAACAUGUACUGCAGAUCAAGCCAUGCUUUUACUGAAUUAUG